CCGGACGAAACUUCCGUUAACGAAGGUAAACUAAUUUUCGCGUAGGUAUAACGCGCGAUUACAACGUACAGCGGCCUAUUUGCUUACCGUGCUCGCUCGCUCGAACGAACGAGAGUACGUCCUUGCGACGCGGUUCGACGCGGUCCGACGCGCGAUCCCUAUCUCGGUAUAAAAGCAGGCCCGAGGUACGCUUUUUCCGCAAAACUCGCGUAAAAGCCGCGAUGGCGAAGCUGCCGGUGGUCCUCCUGUUCCUGAUAUUUCCGGCUUUUCUCAACAACGGGGACGCUCUGAUACCAGACGGCUUAUCCAAGUUGUUCGGCUCCCUGGCUACGAUAAAAAGCGUAAGAAUUCCCGAGUUGCUGAAUCAAUUGUGCAACGAAUCGCAAGGCGCCAACGUUAUGCUGCGCGAUGCCUGUUACGGUUGCUUUUAUCGCGCGAGCAAUCAACCAACGGGAUAUCCCUUGCUACUGGCAAUGUCCGCGUGCGCGGACAUGUACCUGAAUAAUACCGAUUACGGUCACUGCCAAGCCUAUCUGAGAAAUGCGACGAACAAUUUGAACAACAGAGUCGGUCCCGUUACGAUCUACUGUACUUUCCUCGAGUGCAUUCGGCAGGUGAACAAGGACACGCUGGACGCUUUGCGCGCAGCCAUAAGGGAAGGAGGAGCAACGACGAGCCGGGAAGCACGAGGGACGAAUUCCGGCUUUGUAGUAAAAAUAUAUCCUCGCACUUUGAGAGCCGUUUGCGUAUUCAGAGAGCAAAACGCCGAUUCCAUUACCGUACGACCCGGAGCAGAGCCCAUCGAUCCCAGAACGGUCCCAUAAGUCCUCGAAAAUCCUAAUUAGAAACUUUUGUUUCCGCCGCUUUAAUUACAUGCACCAAGAGUCCGGACGAGAAGUCGCCUUGUACAUAGGCACAUGCGUACGUACUCGCGUACGUACUCACGCGUAACCCACUUACUUUCUAAGCAAGUAAGCAGGUAGGUAGCUACGCGAAACCCCUUUCUACGGAAUGUAUUAUACCAACUAAAACGUGUACGAGCGUAUCUACGUAAACUAUUCCUUUUCCCUUCGACCUCUAUCCCUUUUACGACACGGGCAUUUCGAGGAAGUCGUCUCGUUAUUCGUAAGGUCGCGCAUGUGCCGCACGCUAACGCACGCCCCACACGUCGGAUAUAACGAUCCAUUGUACAUAACGGUGUAGAGUAAGGGAAAAAGGGAAAAAAUAUAUUUGCGCCUAAACAAUAUCGCGCGCCGCGACGCGAGAUCGUCCAGGCGCGAUCUUCUAUUCCGAGCAACUCUUUCCACAGCUGCGAGAGUGCGUCGGCGAGGCCCUGCGAAUCUUUCCGAACUUCAAUUUGACGGACGUCAAACUGAGCCA